AUGAAGCUCGUGGUUCUCGCUCUCUUUGUUGCUGGCGCCUAUGGGUGCGGCCUGCCUGCCGUCCCCCCUUUGGCGAGCCGUGUGGUUGGAGGAGUGGAUGUCCAGCCUCACAGCUGGCCCUGGCAGAUUUCCCUGCAGUACAACAGAGAGGGAGAGUGGAGACACACCUGUGGAGGUACUCUGAUCUCUGACCAGUGGGUCCUCACUGCUGCUCACUGUAUCAGCAAUGGCAGGGAGUACAGAGUGGCCAUGGGAAAGCACAACCUGAAGGAUACAGAGGGGGGCGAAGUGUACAUGGCCACCGCUGACAUCAUUGUGCACGAGAAGUGGAACCCCCUGUUCAUUCGCAAUGACAUCGCCCUGAUCAAACUGCAGUCCCCUGUUGUCCUCUCUGACACUGUCAUGGCUGCUUGUCUUCCCACUGACGGCGCCAUCCUGAACCAUGACGAACCCUGCUACGUCACUGGCUGGGGUCGCCUCUACACUGGAGGUCCCAUCGCUGACAUCCUGCAGCAGGCUCUCCUGCCCGUCGUGGACCACGCUACCUGCAGCAAGUCUGACUGGUGGGGCUUUCAGGUGAAGGACACCAUGGUCUGUGCAGGUGGAGACGGAGUCAUGUCCGGUUGCAACGGAGACUCUGGCGGCCCUCUGAACUGUCAGAACAGUAACGGUGCCUGGGAGGUUCACGGGAUUGUCAGCUUUGGCUCCGGGCUCAGCUGCAACCUCAUCAAGAAGCCCACCGUCUUCACCAGAGUCAGCGCCUACAUGGACUGGAUCAGCGCCAACAUGGUGGCCUAUUGAGAGAACAGCCCUCGAGGAUUAAAA